GGGCGUGGCCUCGGGGUCGGAGAGCACGCGACGCGGGUGUCAUGGCGACUCCCAGGCUUAUUUCAGUCCGCAGCCCAAGGCCGUUCGGUUUGGCCGGCCUGUUCCGUCGCCGGCCGCCUCGGGACGUGUGGGACCGUGCGCGGCGGCUCCCGGGGCCCUCGGCGGUUCGGCGCAGCGUGGCGGCGGCCAGCGGACCCGGCAUCCCGGGUUCCGACCACUACUGCCUGGAGCUGCUGAGGAAGCGGGAUUAUGAAAGUUACUUGUGUUCCCUGCUGUUCCCUGCAGAAUGCCGAAGUUCUGUGUCUGCACUCAGGGCCUUCAACGUGGAGCUAGCUCAGGUUAAGGAUUCGGUCUCUGAGAAAGCAAUUGGACUGAUGCGGAUGCAGUUCUGGAGAAAAGCUGUGGAGGACAUAUACCACGACAACCCGCCACACCAGCCUGUGGCCGCGGAACUCUGGAAGGCUGUCAAGAGACAUAAUCUAACUAGAAGAUGGCUUAUGAGAAUCAUUGAUGAAAGAGUAAAAAGGAUAGAUAUGGAACAGGAUAAGACUCUUUCCUGGGUUCAGAUGAUGUCUCGUACUAUUUCUGUUGAUUUGCUAUGCUUGGUGUCUGUAAUUCUAGGCGUGAAGGAUCUUCAUGCAGACCAUGCUGCAAGCCAUAUAGGAAAGGCACAAGGCAUUGUCACGUGCUUGAGAGCAACACCCUAUCAUGGUAGCCAAAGAAAAGUGUUCUUGCCCAUGGAUGUCUGUGUGCAGCAUGGUGUUUCUCAAGAGGACUUUCUGCGGAGGAACCAUGAUAAAAAUGUGAGGGAUGUCAUAUAUGACAUUGCCAGCCAGGCACACUUGCACCUAAAGCAUGCAAGGUCCUUCCACAGAAGUGUUCCUGCAGAGGCCUUUCCCGCCUUUCUUCAGACGGUUACUCUAGAGGACUAUUUAAAGAAAAUCCAGCGAGUGGAUUUUGAUAUAUUCCAUCCAUCUUUACAGCAGAAGAACACAUUACUUCCGUUAUCUUUGUAUAUUCAAUCAUGGAGAAAAAGAUAUUAAAAUAAUUUCAUGUUACUGA